AUGUGGAUCCCUACACUGGAUUACUUCGAUGCUCUUCGUGAGAAGUAUGGUUUUCAGCUGGAGGAUAGCGUUGUGAUUCCUCUUGAUGGAGCUUCGUUCUUAGAUCGUCCUACUAGAAAAGUUGGUAUCUUUUUCAAGGCCUUCAAUAUCGUCUAUCGCCUAACCACUUAUUAUUUUCUUGAUGAGUUGCUCUGUAAGCAUGGAGUAAACAUCUACGAAUUGAAUCCAAAUGUUAUGACCAAGAUUGCAGCGUUCGAGAUGCUUUGUUGUUCCCAAGGGUUUCUUCUAGACAUCUGGGUGUUUAAGAAUUAUUUUUGUCUCUCCUCCUCUAAUGAAAAAUAG